AUGACUGAAGCCAAACAAGAUUUAAUUGAAUUAUCAACAAAUCCUUUAGAUGUAUGGAUAAAUACACAUUAUGAUGAAUUGUGUGCAGGUAUGACGUGUGAAAAUGCUCUAUUCUGCAAACCAUCAGACAUGAAAGACAAGAAUUUCCAAAUGAGUAUUAAGGAUAAAUGUGAUAGGAAACAUAGAAGAAUAGACGGUAAACAAACAUGGUGUUAUGUUUUGAAAGAAGAAAUGAAAGGAUUAUAUAAACAGGUUGAACCAAACGAUAAUGAGGAUUCAUUUACUGACGAUGAAAUACCUGUAAAUGAAGCUUUAUAA